AUGGCGACAUCUCUCCCAAAGCUCAAGGCUCUGGCCAAUGUCCAGUCCGAGGAGUCUAGCCGCGGACCUUCACCGCAGCCCACCCACUUCAGCGUGCCCUUGAUGUCCAAUACCAACGGCAAUGGCAACCGCAUCCUCCGGUCAGCCACUGUCGGCUAUGUCGCCCCAGAAUUCACCGGAAAGCUGGAGCAGAUGAAGGCUGUCAAGGACAUCAUCGUUCAGGCUGGAUGGAUCCCCGAGUCCCUCGUUGAGGAGCAGAUUCGCUGGUUCUACGAGCAGCUUGGCAUCGACGAUGUCUACUUCCGCAUCGAGACCCCCGAUGUCAUCGCUAGCCAGAUCACCUCGCUCUACGCUGCCAAGGUGGCUGCCUACUCGAGAGAGGACAAGCGGGAAGAGAUCCGCCUGGACAUGGAGGCCAACGACCACGCCAUCUACAUCGACACCAGCGAGCCUGGAAAGGGCCACGUUGCCGGCCCCAGAUAUGAGUCGCGCCUCGAGGCCAAGUACCUCGACCACCAGGGCAGGACCAAGUACCGCGUGGAGACGUUCCGUUCCCCAGCCGUCAUUGGUGCCAGCCCCAACUCCAAGGCUACUCUGCGCUGCUAUUUCGUCUACCAGUGCCAGUUCAAGCAGAGCGUCGAGGCCACGGACCCCAAGGAGACCAACAUUGAGCUCAUCUCGGACAGUGGCUUCUGGCAGAAGGCCACGGACAACACCAAGCAGAUCUACCAGGAGAUCAUCGAGCUGGCUGUCAACCGGGCUGGACCCGUCAUCGAGGUCUUCGACAUCGAAGGCGUCGCAGAGAAGCGUCUUGUUCUCGCUUUCCGGACACGCACCGCCCGCGGCAUGUUCUCCGCCCUUAGUGACCUGUACCACUACUACGGCGUUACCAGUUCCAGGAAGUACGUGGAGCAGUUCUCUAACGGCAUUACCGUCAUGAGUAUCUACCUCCGACCGGCCACCCACCUGGACGGAUACUUCCCGCCUCUCGACGAGUCGAUCCACCAGAUCACCAAGGAGAUUUCUCUCCUGUACUGCCUCCCCCAGAACAAGUUCCACAACCUCUUUGCCGUUGGCGACCUGAGUCUCCAGGAGGCCGUGUACGCUCACUCGGCAUGGGUCUUCGUGCAGCACUUCCUCAACCGGUUGGGCCCCGAGUACGCGUCGCUGUCGGAGAUUCUGAGCAUCACCGACACCGCUCAGGCUGCCUUGCUCUCCAAGCUUAAGAGGCGUCUCCGCACGGAGACCUUUACUCCGGACUACAUUCUGGAGAUUAUCCAGAGCUAUCCCGGCCUCGUGAGGUCACUCUACGCCUCCUUUGCCAGCAUUCAUCUCAGCAACGGAACCGACGAGCAGAUCCUCGCCCCUACGCCCAAGGUGGAGGUCCUGUCUGACGACAAGCUCAAGGAGACCAUCUCUAAGACCGUCUCCAACGAGCACGACGAGAUGGUCAUGACCGCGUUCCGCGUCUUCAACAACGCCAUCCUCAAGACCAACUACUUCACUCCUACCAAGGUUGCUCUCAGCUUCCGCCUGGACCCCUCCUUCCUGCCGGAAGUCGAGUACCCCAGGCGCCUUUAUGGCAUGUUCCUUGUCAUCGGUGCCGAGUCGAGGGGCUUCCACCUGCGCUUCCGGGAUGUUUCUCGCGGAGGUAUUCGCAUCGUCAAGUCUCGCAGCAAGGAGGCAUAUGGCAUCAAUGCCCGAAAUCUCUUUGACGAGAACUACGGCCUGGCCAGCACCCAGCAGCGCAAGAACAAGGACAUUCCCGAAGGUGGCUCCAAGGGUGUCAUCCUGCUGGACCCCAAGCAGCAGGACAAGGCUCAGGAGGCCUUUGAGAAGUACAUUGACAGUAUCCUCGACCUCCUCCUGCCGGCUGCCAGCCCGGGCAUCAAGAACAAGCUCGUGGACCUUUACGGCAAGGAGGAGAUUAUUUUCAUGGGCCCUGACGAGAACACGGCCGACCUGGUCGACUGGGCUACCGAGCACGCCCGUGCCCGUGGAGCCCCGUGGUGGAAGUCGUUCUUCACCGGCAAGUCGCAGAAGCUCGGCGGCAUUCCCCACGACAAGUACGGCAUGACCACGCUGUCAGUCCGCGAGUACGUCAAGGGUAUCUACAGGAAGCUCGACCUCGACCCUUCCAAGGUCCGCAAGAUGCAGACUGGUGGCCCUGACGGUGACCUGGGCAGCAACGAGAUUCUUCUCGGCAACGAAAAGUGGACUGCCAUUGUCGACGGUUCCGGUGUCCUGGCCGACCCCAACGGCUUGGACAAGGAGGAGCUGCUCCGUCUGGCCAAGAAGCGCGCCAUGAUCAGCGAGUACGACAUGAGCAAGGUGUCCAAGGACGGGUACCGCGUCCUCUGCGAGGAGAACAACGUCACUCUUCCUAACGGUGAAGUCGUGACGAACGGCACGUCGUUCCGCAACACCUACCACCUGCGGGACACUGGCAUGACGGAUGCCUUUGUUCCUUGUGGUGGCCGCCCCGAGUCGAUUGACCUCAUCUCGGUCAACAGACUCAUCAAGGAUGGCAAGACGACCAUCCCGUACAUUGUCGAAGGCGCCAACCUGUUCAUCACCCAGGACGCGAAGCUUCGUCUCGAGGCUGCUGGCUGCAUCCUGUACAAGGAUGCCUCGGCGAACAAGGGCGGUGUCACGUCCUCGUCGCUUGAGGUCCUGGCUUCGCUGUCCUUUGAUGACGCGGGCUUUGUCGAGAACAUGUGCGUCGACGCCAAGACGGGCCAGCCGCCUCAGUUCUACAACGACUACGUCCGUGAGGUGCAGGCCAAGAUCCGCGAGAACGCCCGUCUGGAGUUUGAGGCCAUCUGGCGAGAGCACGAGGCCACGGGCACUGCGCGAUCCAUCCUGUCGGACAAGCUCUCCAUCGCCAUCACGGAUCUUGACGAAGAGCUUCAGAAGUCUGACCUGUGGACCAACCCCAAGAUCCGCCGCGCCGUGCUGCAAGAUGCCCUCCCCUCUCUUCUGCAGCAGAAGAUUGGCCUCGACACGAUCAUUGAGCGCGUGCCUGAGAACUACCUGCGCAGCAUCUUCGGCAGCUACCUUGCCAGCCGGUUCGUCUACGAGUUUGGUAGCGAGCCGAGCCAGUUUGCCUUCUUUGACUUCAUGUCGAAGCGCAUGGCCAAGAUCACGGGCCAGCCCAACGGAGCCGAGCAGGUUCGCAGGAUGUCUGUGAGCGGCGGUGUUGAUCUGUAG